AUGGCACAGAAGCCGGCGGCGUCUGGGCAUCCCUGCAGCGCCGCCGAAGCCUGCUACCUCCAUAAGUUCCGACUCUACGAGACCCAAUCGGUAAAAGUCUGGGCGACCAAUUGAAGUUCCCUUCUCUCCCUUGUUUCGUUCACCUUCUUUCUAUUUGUCAAACUCAGCUGUUCGUGUACAAUUCGGGAGGUUAAUUUCUUCUCUCGUCUUCUCUCCAAGUUCGCUCCCUAUGCAUCGGACUCACCCUCGAUCGCCAUUAUUGCAGAAUUUCUAUAUGGUAGGGAGAGACAAGCAUAGAAAGCAGUGGAGCGUGCUGAAGAUCGACAGACUGGAGCCGUCCGAGCUGAACAUCCUCGAGGACGCCGUCACCUACUCUGAAAGAGAAUGCCACGACCUCUUGAAGCGGAUAAAUGAAGGGAACAGGCCGACGGGCGGACUCAGAUUCGUCACGAACUGCUAUGGCAUCGUGGGUACGUCUCGUUUUGAAAAAAAUCGAUGCUUUGCGUGAAAUUAUUGAGAGUUUUCUCGCUCAUUUCAUUGAAAGGCCAUCUUGGUAUGAUCCUUGUUCACCAGGGUUCGUCAGGUUCUUGGGGCCCUACUACAUGCUUCUCAUCACCAAGAGAAGACAGAUUGGGACCAUCUGCGGUCACACCAUCUACACCGCCAGCAAGAGCGAACUGAUCGCACUGGCAAAUUCUACAUUUCAGCUCGAUCUGACCAACUCUAAAAAUGAGAAAAGGUCUUCCCGUUCUUCACUCAGCUGAUGCAAAAUCUCCGUGGCCCUUUUUUAGUGAUAAUUUUCACGUUUUUGUGUAUUUCUAAGAAAAGACAGAUCCUUAUGGGGUACGACCAUCACUUAAAUUGGAGUAAUUUUGACUCCAAUCAGUUAUUUGAAUCUGCAUGAGUUGACUUUUAUUAGUCAAACAGCUUUACAAUCUCAUUUAUCCUUUUGAUUAAUUUACACCUCUCUUCCUAGCAUCGGCGUCAAGAGUCUAAAAUAAAGAAACCAUACAUGAUUUAUCCUCCUUGUUCCACAUCUUUGCCAUUCGAACGCUCUCAUUAAUCUGCAUCUUUGUGGGUUACGUUUAUAAAGUUUUGAUGUUAUUCUAGCAAUUGGAACGGAAUUGAGGUACUGAAAGUAAAUUUACUUGUGCCCUUAGAAUUUCUUAUCUUAUGACGGCUACUCACAUUUCCUUCCUUUGUUUCUUGUCUUUCUCUAUUGAUGGACUAGAUACAAGAAGCUCCUGAGGACCGUUGAUCUCACAAAGGACUUCUUUUUCAGUUACUCAUACAACGUUAUGCGUAGCCUACAGAAGAACUUUUGUGACAGCCAGACUGGGCAUGUGGUGUAUGACUCGAUGUUUGUCUGGAAUGAAUUCCUGACGCGCGGCAUUAGGAAUCGUCUGAGAAAUAAUGUCUGGACGGUUGCACUCGUUCAUGGUUUCUUUAAACAGGUAAGUACCUGAUGAAAUUCAGUCUAAAAUCCAUAUCUUAUCAUAUUUUUCUUCGUAAAAUUUAAUUAUCAUGAUAGUUAUUUGUCAUCUAUAUCACCCAAGUUCCGAUGCAUGUGAUCUCACUGUGCAAACAAUCAUUUGUAGCUCUUGCUGUUUUAUUCAUCGAAGCAUUUAAAAGAAAAACAUUAUAUUUCUCGGUACCCAUUUGCUGAUAUUUGUGAAUUUAGGUCAAUCUUUCGAUGUCUGGCAAGGAUUUGAAGCUGAUAGUCAUUGCCAGGCGCUCUCGCCAUUAUGCGGGCACGAGGUCGAACAACUGGGGCAAUUAUUUUUGGUUCCCACGGCUUUAGUGAGCUGAAAGGGGUGAAAUUAAGAAAAUGACCCUUUUCAUUCAGGUAUUUAAAACGGGGUGUGAAUGAGAAAGGUCGAGUCGCCAAUGAUGUGGAGACCGAGCAAAUAGUGUUUGAAGAUAUUCCGGGCUUCCCCCCAACCCAGAUAUGCUCUGUUGUGCAGCAUAGAGGCUCCAUACCCCUCUACUGGUCGCAAGAGAACUCAUGGCUGAAUCCCAAGCCCAGUAUAAUCCGUGAGUGUCUUUGUAGCUGAUAGAAUUAUUUUCCUCCUCUUCAUCUUAUGCGUGGCCCCCCUUGCAAACUCUCAGUGCACAGGAAAGAGCAGAGCUACGAAGCCGCUAGGCUUCACUUUGAGAAUCUUGUGGAGAGGUAUGGAAACCCCAUCAUCAUCUUAAACCUGAUCAAGGUAAGUAUUGACUCUCACUAUUGGAAUAUCAUCAAUAUAAGGGUUCUUAAUUCUUUUUAUUUUCAUCAUAUAAAAUUGGAGUUGAUAGAGAUGCUGACAGAUGCUUUCUUGGGUGGGUUCCACACCCUGUUUAUUUCGUGGAUCCUGACACCCAGACACGUGAGAAAAAGCCUCGGGAGUCUAUACUACGUGAGGAAUUCGCCAAUGCAAUCGAUUUUAUCAAUAAGGGUUUAUCACAGGAGGAUCAGCUGAGAUUCUUGCACUGGGAUCUUCACAAACAUCUGCGGAAGUAUGUCCCUUGUUUUCUUUUCUCAUUUAAUGUGCCCAAAAGGCAUGCCCUUGAACUUUUUUCUUGUUGAAACACUCCCCUAACUUCAAUGAAAUCCGCUUUCUGCAGUCAAUCUGCAGCCGUAUUACCAUACUUAGGCAGAAUAGCAGCAUAUGCAUUGAACUUGACAGGCAUCUUUUAUUGCCAAUUGAGUCCAUCACCAAGCACUGAAGAUGCCAUCAAACGCCCCACUGCUGUGUAAAUUUUUUAUCCUCUCCCUUCAUCCUUCAGUUCAUAUUAAACUAUCGCUUUGAAUGACUGUUCAUUAUGAUGCUUACUGCAGGAAGGAUGAUGCUGUGGACUUCACCUCAUGGAAUGGAGAGAGGGGGGAGGGUAUUCUCCAGGGGCGACUUUUGCUUCAGAAUGGGGUGCUUCGUACCAACUGCAUUGACUGCUUGGACCGGACGAAUGUGGCUCAGUAUGCAUAUGGUUUAGCUGGCCUCGGACAGCAACUCCAUGAGCUUGGUCUCAUCGAUGUAGCUGAAAUUGAUCUGGCUUCACCUCUUGCCGAUGAUCUGGCGAAUCUUUAUGAGAUGAUGGGCGAUACCCUGGCAAUCCAAUAUGGCGGCUCUGGUGCUCACAACCAGGUACCAUGUUGUGCUCUCUAACAGGCUGAUUUUCUAACGCGAAUCAAUUCUUUUUAGAUUAUGGGUAAUGAUAAUUCAAGAAUGAUUAUUGGUUUUUGUCAACUAAGUCUAGCUGCUACGGGAAUUGAUGUUAUUUGUUGGUAAAAAAACAUUCAUAUUUGCUUCCACGAGGUUUCCCUACUGGGUGUGGUGGAACAAUUGUUCUCAGUAUGCUCACCUCCCUUGGUCGACACAUGAGGCAGUGACAUUCUCUCAUUGUGAAUAGCAGAUUCCAUGUUGGAAUGAUAAACUAUUUUCUCUAUUUUUGUUUAAUUCUUGGGAUCAUUUCAAGAAAAAAGAGUGAGUUUCUUUGCCGGUUUCUAAAACAUGUUUGAUCAUAUUUAAAUCUGAUCUGGAUCUAGUCUGUUCUUUGUUUUUUUCCCUGUCAGAUAUUUAGUUUAUAUUCUUAUGAAAAAUAAAAUCAAACAUGGGUAGCUUCGCAGUUAUGGCAUUGACCGAUAACAGUGGAUAGUUUUUUUGGCACUGAAGAAAGUUCAUAAGCUCUUCUGCAUAAACAUCCUCCCACAUGAAAUAUGAACAGCACCCAGUACUGAUCCACAGUACUGAAACAAAAAAAGAUCCAUUAAAAUGAUUGAAUAUUAUGGUCAGGUAGGAAUUAGACUCUCUCAAAUUUUGGAGUAACCAUUACAAGCCUUUGCCGGGAUCUCAUGCUUAUUAAUAUUCAUUAGCUUUAUACAGUGACGGAAUGAGGAACUGCAACUAGUAUUUCCACCUAAUACCUUAUUUUUCCAAUCUUGAGUAGAUAUUCUGUGAAAAAAGAGGCCAAUGGAAAGCCUCCAUCCAGUCUCAGGAGUUAUUCAGGAUAAUCCAAAGGUAUUAUAGCAACACUUAUGUAGAUGCUGAGAAGCAAGACGCCAUAAACUUGUAGGCCUAUAUUUCUCUCUCCUCUCACAUAUUCCCUAGUUUUGUCUUCAUAGAUAACCCAUCUUCUCCUGUUCACUGGGUCUCCGCCUCCUCUCAGAUUCCUUGGCCACUUUCAGCCUCAACAAGGUAAGCCCGCACUUUGGGAGCUGGGCUCUGAUCAGCUCUACAACAUUGGAAGGCGGGAUCAUAAUUUUGCCGAUGAAAAUUCUCGGUAAAUAUAUUUGGAAAGCUUGUGCUUCUUGUGUAGCUCUAGACUGCAUAUUCCUCCUCUUGUUGACCACUACUGUCUUGUGUUUUUAGGCUAUCUCUUAAGAGAUCCCUUUCAGACGGCAACAUUUCCUCUGAAAGCGACUUGCUCGUGUCGUCUGAUGUGAUCGGACAGAAGAAGCCCAUCGGCUUGGUUCUGCCCAAUAGAAUGGCCAAGGAUGAUGCUGAGAACGCCUGUGAUUCAACCCCGGAUAUCUCACCUUGCGAUCGUUCUAUAUCAAAUUCGAAGUGGGUUAUGGUCCUCAAAAAGAUCAAUUUCUGCCGGUUUUCUUCCUAUACUUAUUUUAUUUCCAUUUUUUUCUCUUGCAGGUAUGGCUCCCCAGUAAUGCACAGAAGGGUUUUCUGGGGUAACGAGGAUUCUUCCGUCAAUGAACAUGGGACCAAUUCAUCUACAUCCUCCAACUUUCUCCACUUUGAUUGGCUGCCGUCUUCGGGGACUUCCUUGGAGGAGAUAUAUGAUAGGUGAUGAUCUUGUUUUCGGCUUGUCAUUGAAUAUAAUAUUUUUUUAAUAAAUAAGAAUAUUUUUUAUGUAUUUAUUUAUAUAUCUACUGAGAUAUUCAGAUCCGCUCUUGUCAACUCCUCGGUCAAGCAUCGAUCAGCUGAAGAUGCUGUUGGCGGCGCCGCUACAGAGACGACUCCAAACCUCAUGGAGGAUGGAACAACUAUCGAGGUCCGGAUUUCACUGUCCCAGCUAUCGAGUUCUUGUCUUUGCAAUGAAGGGCUCAGGAAUCUGUCUGAAUCCUCUGCAGGAAGGAGGUCCGGCUGAGAUGGGUCUUGCUCUAGGCACUGGAGAUUUACUCCAAAUGGAAGGUUUUUCCGACAUUUUCAUUCGGUGGGUCGAUCACGGAGGGCUUCUGCAUUAUUGA